AUGUUGGACCAGUUACCAGUAAAAAUAGUCGAACGCAUUGUUACAAAAAUUCCAGAUACUGACCUUAUUGCAGCGACUCUUGGAAAGCCAUUUGAAAAAGGGAAUAUUGACUGGAUAACGUUUGAAGAUGUAAAUGACUUCUAUAAAAGAUGGAUAGACCGCCUUACCGAGAAUCAGCUUUAUAUUAUGGAGAAAAUGCUUAGGAAUGAAAUGGUCGUGAACCCCCAAGAGAGGGAAACCAUAGAGUAUGCAUUAAGUGAACAUAGAUGGGGAGGCGAUCCUUGGGGACUGAACUGGGAGUGGAAUGAAUGGACUCAACAGGAGUAA